AAUGAGCGGAUUCAAACUCUAUAGAUCUAGAAUAAUAUUAUCAUUAUCAUCUUAGGCUUAUAAGAGAGCUCAUAAGUUAUCAUCAUAAACAUCUACUGAACCUGAAUUUGUUGACUAGCCUAUAAAUAAGCAAAUUAAAUUAAAUGAUUAGACUUUCAUUAAAAUUCAAUAAAAUGAAUAAUAAAUAACAAAUCAAUAAACACUAAAAAAAGAAACAUAAAGUACAAAUCAAGUUAUAUAAAAAACAGAAAUUAAUCCAACUACAAAGACUGAAAAAUUAGUAAAUAUUAAUGUAAAAAAUACUUUGGAUAAUAAUAAUAACAAAAUAUGUAAUUAUCAUUCCAAUAAUUAAAAUGCUUCAAGUUCAAGUACUAUUAUCGAUAAAAAUAAUGUAAUAUAAACUUCGAAAAAUGUACUAAAAGAAGAAAUCACAGUUUUUAAUAGCUAGAAUAAAUAGUAGCCAAUUAAUUCGUCAUAAUAAAAAUAAUAAUAGAUUAAAUAAAAUGAACAAUUAAUUGAACCAACUAAUAAAGCUGUUAAAAAGGAGAUUAAACAUUUAAAGGCUUGUGGUUUACAUAAUAUUGGAAAUACAUGUUACUUUAAUAGUGCACUAUAAUGUAUUAUUAAUACACCAAAAUUCAAUGAUAAAUUUUUAUCGGAUGAAAUUAAACAAGAAUUAAAUCCAAAACAUAAAUAAGUAGCCCUAUAAUAUUGGAGAUUACUCAAAUAAAUGAGAACUACUAAUUAAAACAGUGAGAAUCCAGUUUAAUUGAAAUAAGCUAUAAGUAAAAUAAGAAUAUAUUUAUUAAGCAAAUUCAACUAAAAAAUUUGGAGGCCAUAGAUAAGAAGAUUCAUAAGAGUUUCUAAGAGCUCUUUUAACAUGCUUACACGAAGAUUUGAAUAGAGUUACUGGUAAACCAAUUUACAAAGAACUCAACGCUGAUCUUAAUAAAUAAACUCUUGAAGAAAUAGUAUAAUAUUAUUCUAUUUUUAAGUCUAAUACUUGGUUUAAUUAUUUCAAAGGAAGAGAUAAUAGUUUAGUUACCGAUUAUUUUACUGGAUAAUUAUUAAGCAGAGUUACUUGUAGUGUGUGUAAAAAUUAAUCACUAGCAUUCGAUAACUUUUAAGAUUUAUCAUUAGCAUUUCCAAAUAUCUCAGGAAAUUAAAUUACGCUUGAAGAUAUGCUAAAAUAUUAUUUAAGUGAAGAAAACAUUAAUUAAUAUACUUGUGGAAAAUGUAGAUAGUAAAGAAAAUGUACAAGAUAACUUGAAAUUUGGAGAUUACCAGAUAUUUUAGUUAUUCAUUUAAAACGAUUUUAUUACAAAGGACCUAUGAAGAAAAAGAUAAACAUAGAAAUUAAAUUUGGAGCCAAAUUAGAUUUAGCCUAACUUAUUGUUAAUAGUACUGAUAAAUCAACUUUAAACUGUCAGUAUAAUUUAUAUGGAAUUGUAAAACAUUAUGGUGAUUUGAAUUUUGGUCAUUAUUUUGCGUAAAUUUAUAAUUCAUUAAUUAGAGAAUGCAAACAUCCAUUUACUCAGAAGUGGUACUAAUUAAAUGAUAGCUCUGUUUCAGAAAUAAAGCCAAAGGUUUCAUACGAAUCUGAUAAUUCAGCCUAUUUAUUAUUAUACAGUCGUAUUUGA